GCAAGCUUCGGCCUGACGGGAGCGACGUCUGGGGAGCGAGGCGCGUUCCUCGGUGGAGGGAAGCUCCAGAAAAAGCAGGCCGAUGACUCCCCUUCCCCCACAAACACCCACCCGACCGGCUCUGAGUCUAUCGCUAGCUUUGCAACUGUCGUCGUCGUCGUCAUCUGCGCAGCCCUCGUCGCUGCGCUGCACCCGGCCAGCUAACCUCGGCCUACCGCCGUAAAUCUAUCCUUACGCCGUCCACAUCCACCGGCGCACGAGACCAUCCACCACGGCGCAUUGAGAACGACGGAGAGGCCGCGCGGCCUGCAUUGCAGUCACCAUGUCGUGGAAGAAGUCGGACAAGCUGAUGGAGACCAUCAAGCACUACUCGCACUUCCCCGCGACCGGCGUCAGUCUGAGGCAGAUGGUGCAGUUUGGCGAGAGGCCAUCGACUGGCACCUUGUUCCGCGCCUCGCAAUUCCUGUCCGAGGAGUUGCCCAUACGGCUUGCGCAUCGCGUGCAGGAACUCCACGACCUCCCCGAUGGCCUCGGCGAAAUGCCUUCGAUUAAGCGGGUUUCGGAUUGGUAUGCCCAGUCGUUCGAGGAACUUACCACUCUCCCUCGGCCGCGGCUCACGACGGAAGUGCGGGAGCGCUUGUUAAAACCUACCAAGCGCCCCAAAGAGUCGAGGAUAUUGAGCCAAACGACUCCAAACCCGAGUAUAACCAAAGGGCAGUACAAAUCGUUACCUCCGACCAUUAGCAACGAAAACGGCAACGGUUUCACCUCAAAGGUUACCUCCGCGAAGCGGUACUACGUCGCCGCUGAUGACGGGGGAGAUUGGCCGAUAGAGCUGGGCCAGUAUAACCAAGAGUUUGCAAGAACCCUGGAGAAAAUCAAGAGGCGGCAUGAUAGCGUAGUGACAACCGUCGCCCAGGGAAUUCUCGAAUACAAGCGGAAACGGCAACGCAUGCAGAUCGAUCACAACAUUCAAGCUUUCCUCGACCGCUUCUACAUGUCACGUAUCGGAAUAAGGAUGCUCAUCGGCCAGCACAUUGCUUUGACGGAUCAGAGACAGCGCUCUGAUCCCAACUAUGUCGGCAUCAUUUGCACCAAGACUAAUGUGCGAGACCUCGCGAUGGAGGCCAUUGAGAAUGCCCGCUUUGUGUGUGAAGACCACUACGGACUGUUUGAAGCGCCCAAGAUUCAACUCAUCUGCGACUCUGACAUCAACUUUAUGUACGUUCCGGGACACUUGUCGCACAUGCUCUUCGAGACAUUGAAGAACUCGCUUCGUGCUGUUGUGGAAAAGCAUGGACAGGACAAAGAAGACUUCCCCGUGACAAAAGUUAUCGUCGCCGAAGGAAAGGAGGACAUUACGAUCAAGAUUUCCGACGAAGGCGGCGGGAUUCCUAGAAGCUCCAUCCCUCUUGUUUGGACCUACAUGUACACGACUGUCGACCAGACGCCGAACCUGGACCCUGAUUUCAACAAAAGCGAUUUCAAGGCGCCAAUGGCCGGCUUCGGGUAUGGCCUGCCCAUCAGUAGGCUUUACGCACGGUACUUUGGCGGCGAUUUGAAGUUGAUCAGCAUGGAAGGCUACGGAACGGACGUCUACCUCCACCUUAAUCGGCUAUCGUCGUCGUCGGAGCCUUUGCAAUGACAAUUGCCAGUCAUGAGGAGCGAAUGGGACAGCAAGCGCAGCAACAAAGCCAUUCUCCAAGGAUUGACGCGAUCCGGACAAUCAAUUAGUGCUAAGAGUCAAGCGCUCACAAUGGCAUCCCGCGCCAUGCGCCUCAAGCUGAACACCUGGGAGGUGAGCGAGAGAAGGCAGGUCGGCGAUGCCGAGAGCAUGGUCAGCGAGAGGUCGAGUAGGAACGCCUGGUGGAGGCACGUUGGAGUCGAAGAUGAUUUUUAAGUUAUUGUUUUCCUUUGGACAUCUACGGAUGUCUGCAAGAUGGAACGUCACGCUUUUGCGCGUGUCGUAGUUGUGCAUAUGGGACCGGCGAGGGUAUGGGUCUGGGUAUUUAGGGACGGCACUGUGAGAAUGUGCUUUGCGCACCGUUAGGUUGACCUUUGAGAAAUUGCGCCGCCAAGUCGAAGCGCCU